GCGCGCAUAGCGGCCUCUAGCGGCUCCUAGCCAGCUGAUUGUCGGUGAAACGUUACUGGGAUAAAAAUGUCCUGCUUGUUCACGGAAUGAGCUUUUUCCUGCCGGUGACGAUGUGCUGGGAAUUACUGGAGAGGAAGAAUGAGAAGUAAGAACUGCCCUCUAGAGGAACUCCAGUUGUGCGAUGCUGGCAACUCCUUGCACCCAUUGUGAGGAUGAAAGGAAGAGGAGGACUUGUGUUUACGGUUCCUGUUCUCCACUCCUCAGAAGAAAGCAGACUCCUCCAGUGCCUCGCUCUGCCUGACGAAGCUGCGUUUGGGAGCUGAAUAAAAUAUUUUAACUCUAGUUAGCUGUUUGCCCUCUGAUUCACAGAGGUGAGGGACGGUGGGAUAAAACGGUCAUGUGGUGUGAAAGAAAGAAGAGGGACGAACAUCGGAAUGCCACAGGCUGUCUCACUGCUGCCUUUCCUUCUGCUCGUAGGAUAUGGUUUUGCAGAGCUCAGUAUCUGGCCCUCUUUCCACGUUGCCCUGAGCAAAGGCAGCGUAUUUGUGGACUUCAGCACAAAAUCCAACAGCAGCAACGCGACCCUCUCUCUCGUCAACAUGGAGACCAACACCACCGUUCUAUCCAGGGCUCUCCCCAGCCACCGACUGGUUGGCAGGGUGGAGUUCGAUUGUUCCUGCUUCCUGUACGCGGGAACCUUCCGGUUCCUGCUGAGGCAGACCAGCAGCGUUUCUCCUUCUUAUGGAUCAGAAAACACAGAGCACUACAUCUGGUGGUGGAGCUCUGAACUACAAGUCCAGUGGCCUACCUUUCACAUUGCUGUGGAGAAAGCGGGAAACCACUCGGCAUCUUUUCAGGUUGGGAUUUCCACUAAUGAACACUUCCAGGCCUGCUCCAGUGGUGUGGACUCUGCUCUUAUCCUAGAGGUGAGCUACAUGGAGUACAACCAGAUCGGAAGAAACACCAAUGACAAGAUUCGAGCCCGCACACGAACCCCCAUCAAAGCUCUCCGCUCCCAGAGUGUAGAGCUGUCCUGUGUGUUCCCGUUCACUGAGAGAGACUUCAUCACGGUGACCCUGCAGUCCUCUCAUACGGGACGAGAAGUGAAGAGCUCUGCGCCUUUCUACUUGUCCCGUAUUUUCUCUUACAAGCUGCUGGUGGAGAACGCUAGCGCCUACAAGAGAGGCUGUGAGGGGACGCUGGCGGUUAAAAUGAUCACGCCACCGUGUGCUCAUGUGAGUGGGAAAGUUCUGCUGUACGGCGAUGCAGGUUCUGGAAGAAGCGCUGCUGCUUCCGCCGCAAAGAUGGGGUUUGGACCAGAGGAGCCUUCUUCUCCUGUUCUGACCUUUAACUUUCUGGCUCAAGGAGAGAAUCAGACGGAGUUCAACUGCUCUUUGUUUUUCCCGGGAAAACACAAGUACUGUUUUCGCUUUGUUUCCAACUUCAGUCGUUCCCCUAGUCCAGCGUGUCUGGUAGUUUACAGGAGUGCAGAGUCUUGGGGGCCCUGGGAGAGGUGGAGCGUGUGCAGCGUGAGCUGUGGAGAGGGGGUGAGGGAACGAGCGCGAAAGUGUUUACUACCCUCAGGUGAGCGAGGGAUGCAGUGCACAGGCAUGGUCAAGGAACAGUCCCAAUGCUCACUGGAGGGAUGUAACGUGUUACCUUCUCCCUCUCCAUCGCUGCCCCCAAUGCCGGAUGGAGUUUCACUACUUGGUGGAAACAUGAUUGUGGUUGUGGGUAUUUCCCUCUUCUUGGCCGUGAUCAUGGCUACUGUUGCGGUGACUGUGUGGAGGAAGCUUUGCAAGGCGCCUCAGUGCAGCUCGGUCCACAGAGGCUCCAUGCAUUCACCUGGGGGGCGCAAGCUUUCAGAUGAGGCCUCCAUCUGUGGCCACAGCCUCCAAAGACCAAGCCUGACUGAUGGUCAUGGCCCAUCGGGGGAUUUCUGUACACGGAAGGACCGGCCCCCUUUGGCAGCUCAGGCUUUUUCACCACAGACGGAGGUGAUGCCCCUUUCACAGGACCCACAAAGGUUGUCCCCCACAGGCCAGAAGGUUUUACCACCAAUAUUUGGAUACCGUUUGGCUCAACAGCAGUUGAAAGAGAUGAAGAAGAAGGGGUUAAAAGAGGCCACACAGCUGUACCAUGUCUCUUCGAGUCCCGUCCACGACACCGUGCUAGAAACGCCCACCUCACCCACCACGCUCCCGACCCCAACGCCUACUGGUCUUGCUCCUUCUGCUCUCCUUUUGGGUCUGCAGGACAACGUUAACCACAGUCAUCUCUGCAUUGCAACUCCCUUGUCUGAGCUGUCGCCGCAGACCUCAGAGGUCGCAUCAGACGGACUGAGUCCGAGGGCGGAGCUGCUCCUUGGUCCACGUGUCUCUACAAGUGGGAGGAGUUCAAAUUGGCGACAGCGCACUGCUGACUGGGUGGAGAUGGUAGAAUGGAGUGGGUUAGCAGGCCCCAGAGGAGGAAAUGUGCCAUCAGGAAUGUCCCACCAUAAGAAUUCAAACUUCAGACGCACCUCCAGUUUUAAUGACACCAAACCCCAGCUGGCACCUUCAUCUGAGUCCAGACAGUUCAGAGAGAGAAGCAUGACCCAGGUUGGAUCUCGGACGCUUCCAGAAGGAAGUUGCUGGACCAAAGGAGGAUGGGAGAGACGGCCACAUCGUUCAUACCCAAUUCCAGAGCACAGAGUUUCAGAGUGGUCAAGAAACGACCAGAGGAAACUCUGGAUGGAGGCAGCGGUCCCUCCACUUAAAAACCAACUCAAACACGCUGGAACAAACACGGACAGCUUACCGGCUCCUGAGAAUCACGUUAAAGCAGACUUCAGGGCUACAGGAGACAGAAAAGCAGCUGCUGGCCCAGUAGACGGUGUCUCAGGGAUCGGGGGUCCAUCCUCAGGGCUUCCCAGGUCUCAUGAUCUGAACCAGCUGAAUGUGGAUCGAGCUGAGCAGAACUGGAAUCGCCGUGGCCCGUCGCCUAUCCAGAGGAACAUGCUGGCUCGAAAACUGAAAGAGGCUCAGUCCUACUCAGGAACCAGGGGGCGAAAGCGCAGCUCCAGCUUCAACGUAUCGUCCUCUGAGCGAACGAAAGACUGGUGCCACUCUCUGCCGACAUCUAGGAACCACAGCAGCAGCGGAGCUUCCCCCUACAGGCUGAGUGAGGCAGAACAGAGGAUGCUGGACCUGGAUCUGUCGCCAGGAUUCCUACAAGAAGAGGAGUAGAAUUUCCUCAGUUUUAUAAAUAUUCUACUGAAAUAGUUUGAACUAAACUUUGCUUACCCAAGUAAAAUCAGAGCUACUGCUCAGAUACCACAAAAAGGGUUAUUGCACUGUCCUGCUUUCAUUAAAGUUGUCAUAUCAAAUUUGGAAAACAAAUUUUUUCAUGCCUCUUAACAACGUUCUUACAAACUAAAGCUAUAAAUAUAUUGUGGAGAUAAAGAAAAGUAAAGUAAUAAAGAAGUUCUCUCGCAUUUGUCUAAAAACCUCCACUAACAAUGUGUUUCGUUCCAAAAGCAACCGUUGGACCCUCCGGUUGUCCGUCUCACCGAACCGUCACACUUCCCUGGGUCCUCCACCCAUAACGCACUUGUGUACGGCUUGGAGAGCUCAGACCUUGUGGUAGAUGCAGACAACAUGGACUCCACAUGAGGAGAUGUUAAGGCAGGAAGGACAACUCAGGUGAAGGAGAUACUUUUCUAAAGACUCAAACUUCAUUCUGAUUCCAAUGAUCAGUUACCAAAUGAGGAAUAAAAUAUCCAGUUACUUUGCUUCAUUUUUGUUCAUUUAAUUAAGCUGUUUUAUUGUGAAGUGACUACUCUUACUCGAGUAAGUUACUUCACACAUCUAAGAAACAAAUGGCCCUA